AUGCAAAGUGCGGACCCGGUGCUACCACAGACCACAGUUGGUAUGGUGACUUCAAUGUUGGAGCAAAAAUUGGACCAGAAAAUGGAAGGCAUUCGGGCCACGUUGGAAGCGUUGAUGGCAAGCCUUCCAACAACUGCAUUAGCUCGUCCUUCACCAAGCCAAUCGCAGCAUCGAACAAGAGUUUCUGGCAACCCGAGGUCCCCUGGUGACCCUGGAGACCCUGGACACGCGGGGGGCGCCGGUAACAUAGGUCCGAACCUGACUGUCGGAAAUCUCGACGGAUCAAAAGUUUCUAACAUCUCCCAUUCCAACUCCGCCAACUUAUCGACAGCAUCGAACGUCAAGACGUAUACGUUGGAAAACAAAACCACAAUCAGACCACUGCCGUGGAUCGACCUACAAGCGCUGGGAGCUUGCAAAGUGGGCCCCAGCGAGGUGCACAAAUGCAGCCAACCAGAGGAGGACGAGAUCCCCCAGGGAAACCACCCCGGGAGAUCUGGGGAAGGUGGCAACCCUGGCUUGCUGUCUAUAGGACACCAAGGGGCUAUGCAUGUGCUAUCCAUGGACUCUCUGCCCAUCUUCUCCGGCAGCGAAGACAACCGCGAGGCGUCGUAUCAAUGGGUGAGACGCUACGAACAAUUGUCACGGCUAUCAGGGUGGAUGGAACAAGAAAAAAUUGCUUGGUUCCCUUCGUAUCUCAGCAAGACUGAAUGGAUCACCAACCCGCUGCCAAAAGCCGACAAGUACUACCGCAUGACACAAGAACCGAAGGAGCCAUUGAAGACGUUCUUCUACCGAUUCAACAGUGCGGCCCAAAGCGUGAGGGUGGAAUACUGGAAGUCAGCCAGCAUAUUGGAAGACCACAUCGGGCGUUUUUGCAUGGCUCUGGAAGAUGAAUCGUUGGGAGACCGCCUAUUUCAAAUGGUGUUCUCGUCGAUUGACGACCUUGACCGACACUUGGACUCACAGCGGAAAAACCAAAUCUUGCGCCAGAUUAAGAACCGUCAGGUUUAUACGUCCAGUGCCGGUAUCCGUCGCCGUGAAAUGACUCGGGACAAGCGCCCAUCGAUGGAACGUCAAAUCCUCCUAGCCAGAGAAGGCUCCGACUACGACAGCCCAGCAAUGACCAACACAUCCAAAGAGCAAUUACACCACGAGAUUUACGCGCUGGGCAGUAAGAAGGAGUGGUGUUCCAGCUGUAGCAAGGAGCACUGGCGAAAGGACACCAGCGGAUUGCAGACACCUCAGGAACCAAGUCCAGUGUUCGCCAUUUUCAACAGGAACCAUGGCGAUUCCUAA